UUGAUUAAAUAGGCAUUAGCACACCUUCUCAAAAGGACUGCUCUGUGGAGUUCACUAUCAUCUCUGCAAAUUUGAAACCUCAGACUCUCCCAGAUGCACCUCAGCACUGUAAAUCACCGCAUACCUCUAAGUGAUGGGAAUAGUAUUCCUAUCAUUGGACUUGGUACCUACUCGGAACCUAUAUCGACUCCUAAGGCGACCUGUGCAACAUCAGUGAAGAUUGCCAUCGACACGGGGUACCGGCACAUUGAUGGGGCCUACAUCUACCAGAACGAGCAUGAAGUGGGGGAGGCCAUCAGGGAGAAGAUAGCCCAAGGAAAGGUGCGGAGGGAGGAUAUCUUCUACUGUGGAAAGCUGUGGGCUACACAUCUUGACCCAGAGAGAGUCCGCCCAGCUCUGGAGAAGACACUCAAGAACCUCCAGCUAGAUUAUGUGGAUCUUUACAUCAUUGAAAUACCCAUGGCUUUUAAGCCUGGAGAUGAUGUCUAUCCUAGAGAUGAAAAUGGCAAAUGGUUAUAUCACAAGUCAGAUCUAUGUGCCACUUGGGAGGCUUUGGAAGCUUGCAAAGAUGCUGGCUUGGUGAAAUCCCUUGGAGUAUCCAAUUUUAACCAUAGGCAGCUGGAGCUCAUUCUGGACAAACCAGGGCUUAAGUAUAAGCCAGUCAGCAACCAGGUUGAGUGCCAUCCAUAUUUCACCCAGCCAAAACUCUUGAAAUUUUGCCAAAAACACGACAUUGUCAUUGUUGCAUACAGCCCUUUGGGAACCUGUAGAGAUCCAUCCUGGGUGAAUGUCUCUGUCCCACCUUUGCUAAAGGAUCCAUUUCUAAACACACUGGGGAAAAAGUACAAUAAAACAGUAGCUCAAAUUGUUCUGCGUUUCAACAUCCAGCGAGGAGUGGUUGUCAUUCCUAAAAGCUUUAACCCUGAAAGGAUCAAAGAAAACUUUCAAAUCUUUGACUUUUCUUUCACUGAAGAAGAAAUGAAGGACAUUGAAGCCUUAAAUAAAAACAUCCGCUAUGUGGAAUUGCUCAUGUGGCGUGACCAUCCCGAAUACCCAUUCCAUGAUGAAUACUGACUUCAGAGAACUCCACAGCAGAUAUUUUCCCUUCUACGUGUGCUAGGACCUUUGGGUUGGUGGUUGCUCCAGCCAUGGAAAUGGCUUACUAUCUUCAGAUCAAGUGGUGAUAGAGAUAUUUAACUUGUGUGUAGUGUUAGCGACUUUGAUUUAACUAUGUGGGGCUGGGGGGAAGUUUAAAUCUAUUGAAAUAACUGUUGGAAAUUAUCAGCUAAUGUUUUAUUAAAUCAGUGUCUUCUGGGUUUCAGACAGAUAAACAUUAGGCUUUAGAAAAGACUUCAGAAGUAACAUAUGAGGAUAAUAACUCAUGAAUUUCGAUACUGCUGUCGUGGAUAGUCUGAGUUCUUCAGCUGUUAACAGGGCAGGAAGAGGACAGCGAGCUAGACCAUGCCAGCGUGCUGGCAGUGGGCUUGAUGAUUUGAACCACUGACUGUAAUAUAGACACAGUCAAGUUAAGAUCCACACAUGCACUAUUAAUGAGGAAGUGAUUUAUCUUAUCUUGAGUAGAGAGAGAGGGCUAAGCAUAGUAAAAUCUUAAAAGAGCUAAUUUAACACCAGAGCAGUUAACAAAGCCAUACUGAUUUGGUUGUCUGUUUCCAUCCAGUGUGUUUGUGUAGCUUUUAUCCAGCUUGAGAGAUGGAUAGUUGGUGGUUCUCUCGCAUGCUUUAAAGGACCUCAGGUUCAACAAGCUAGUGAUCCAUGAUACCACUGCCUAUCACUCUUGUCCCCAUUCAUUAUACAACUGCCAUUGUGCAAAGUGACUUGAGACAACCAAUAGAAAUAAAACUCUGUUUUAUAAAAUAGCCCACAGACUAUUAUUUCAAAAUAAGUCAUAAAAAAAGAAAGUGUUAGGAAACAUAUUGAAAGAAGAUUCAUUAGACUUAAGACUUUGACAGUUAUUGGGAUAAGUGAAUUUUGAGAAAGUAGCAAGUUCAAAAGAAUAUUGAUAAUUUUACUGUAUGUAAAUUUUUAAGUGAAUAAAAAGAUUAUUAGAAUUCCAUA